UUUGCCCCUGCACACACCGUGCUCCUGGAAGUUGUCAUGGAGAUAGACCCGUCCCAGGCGUCUGCUCUCGGGAUUGUUGCCAUGGAGAUCCCUGCUCGAGGUGAGCUCUCGGCAGUGCAGGAGGACGAGAGCAGCACGCAACUAGGGUUCGAGAAGCGAAUUCAGGACCUUGGAGAGCAGCGGCGCCAAGGACCCCCUUUCAACCAAGGGAACUAUUACAUGCUUAUAGUGAUAGGAGAGAUAGCGACAGACCACCAGCUGCAACGCGCUAGAGACCAAGUUGAGCGGGGGAUUCGCUCCUGGGACAUCAGCCUCAAGUCAUGUGACCUGGACCAACAGCUGCAGCUAUUUGUGACGCGCCACUCCGCCCAGUUCUCUGCAGAGGUCAGAGGGCAAAGGACUCUCCACCACAAGAGUGAUGUCCUAGAGACAGUCGUGUUGGUCAACCCAUCAGAGGAUACAGUUGCUUCAGAGAUCCAGUCUCUAGUCACAGACUCAGCAGGACACAAACUCCUGGUCCUGAGUGGGCAGAAUUCCGACCACGGUGACCUGCUUCUCCAAAGUGGGGUUUUCACCUAUAAGAGCUUCUCACAAGUCUUUGCUGAUCCUGGGGUCAGUGAUUUGCUGGGCGAAGCAGCCCCCAAGCAGCGGGCCACACUCACUGUGUCCUGCCGAUCGGAGGUGGGUUGGAGCUCCCUGGGUCAGCAGCAGCACUUACGGGAGUUCCUUGAGUACAGACUGAACACUGAGCCUGUGCUCCCCAAGAUGGAGGGAGUCACAGAGUUCACGGAGUACAUCUCCGAGACGGUGGAUGUACCUUCUCCCUUUGACCUCCUGGAGCCGCCCACAUCUGGAGGCUUCCUGAAACUGUCCAGGCCCUGUUGUUACAUCUUCCCUGGGGGGAGGGGCGACUCGGCCCUGUUUGCGGUCAAUGGCUUCAACAUCCUAGUGGAUGGAGGCUCUGAACGUAAAUCAUGCUUCUGGAAGCUGGUCAGACACUUGGACCGCAUCGACUCAAUUCUACUCACUCACAUUGGUGCAGACAAUCUGCCAGGCAUCAACGGGCUCCUUCAGAGGAAAAUAGCAGAGCAGGAAGAGGAGCAGUCACAAGGCUCAACCACCUACAGUGAUUGGAUGAAGAACCUGAUCUCUCCAGAGCUUGGUGUGAUCUUCUUCAAUGUACCCGAGAAGCUACGUAUGCCAGAAUCAAACCUAAAGGUCAAGCGCAGCAUCGAGGAGGCCUCCCUCACGUUGCAGUACCUCAACAAACUGGGAAUCAAGCCGGAGCCUCUCUGUAGACUGGUCAGCAACACUAUUGAGCCUUUCACUCUUUUCCAUAAGAUGGGGGUGGGCAAGUUAGACAUGUAUGUUCUGAACCCCGUCAAGGAUAGUAAGGAGAUGCAGUUUCUCAUGCAGAAGUGGGCUGGUAACAGCAAGGCCAAAACAGGCAUUGUGCUCCCCAAUGGAAAAGAGGGAGAAAUAUCCGUACCUUAUCUGACGUCAGUUACAGCAUUAGUUGUGUGGCUUCCUGCCAAUCCUGCCGAAAAGAUUGUCAGAGUGCUGUUCCCUGGAAACGCACCACAAAACAAAGUCCUGGAGGGACUAGAGAAAUUAAAGCACCUUGACUUCUUGCGAUACCCAGUAGCCACACAAAAAGACAUAGCCUCAGGGGCUCCUCCCUCUGUUGUAAAACAGACAAAGUUAAAGCAAAGGACAGACAGCAAAGAAAGUCUGAAAUCAUCUCCCAAGACUACAAAACCCCUUAAGAAAGAAGCAGAUGAUGAGGUAUCGGCAGUCACAGAGGCAACGAGUGACUUUGUAAAGGAGAACAAGAUAGAGAAAAAGGAGAAGAAACUUAAAGAGAAUGAAAAACCCACAAAAAUAAUAAAAUCCAAAACUGAUGCACCAGAAAAGAAAAAACUAUUGAAGGAGAAAUCCUUGAGAAAACAUUCAAAAGAAAGGGCAUCCAAGAUGGAUGAGAAAAAAGACAAGGAAAAGAAAGAGAAAGUCAAGAAAGUUGACACAGCUAAAAAAGAAGAGAGAAAAGACUCCAAAGUUGACAAGAAAAAAGAUGCGUCUAAGUCAGAGUUGAGAAAGAUAACAAAACCUGACUUAAAACCCCUCACACCAGAGGUCAGAAGGACCCUGCACAGGGCAAAAGUGUCAAGUAAACCCAAAACCGACAAAAGCAAAGGCAAAGCGGCCAAGGCAGCGCCGGCUGAACCCAAACCGGAGGAACCAGCAGCAGAGAACAUUCAACCUGAGCCACUACAGAAUGGGGGUAUUGAGGGCAUAUCUGCUUCCUCCACUCCAGAAGAUCUUACCAAGGACUUUGAGGAGUUAAAACAAGAUGAGGUAUCAUCAGAGCCACCAGAGAGUGUAGUGGAGACACCAGCAGAGGAAGGCAUGGCCGAAUCCCCUACCCAGGAGGAGGAGAAAGAACAGGAAACGGUCUCUAAAACUCCACCAGGCACAACGUCUCCUGAGAAGGGAGUAAUGGAAGUUGAAACUGAGUCUCAAAGCAAAGAGGACAAAUUAACACAAGAGCAUAAAGAAGAAUUACAAGCAGAGAAAGUGGAACUAUGUGAGGAUGAGGGAGCUGCAGUUGAAGAUGAGGAGGAGGAAGAAAAAAAAGGCCCGAUUGCAGAGAGGAAAACAUUUCAGGAAGAGGAAGAUAUGGGGAUAGGGGAGGAAGAAGAUGAUGUAAAAGAUGAUGUGAAAGAUAAUGAACUAGACAGGAAACACGAGGUGGAGGAAAUGGAGAAAGUUGAAAAGCCCACAGAUAUGGCGGUAACAAAAGAGGAAAGCAGAAGAGCUUCAUCCCAAGAGGAGGAACAGGAAGAAGAUGGACAUGUUGUUGAAAAGGCCGAGCUGGAAGAGGUAGAAGUUCUAGACAUGAUAGCAGAUGAAGAGGUCAAAAUCAAACCUGAAGCGGGAGAGAAAGAAACAUUGGCCAAGAGUGGGGAAAGCAAAGCAGUUAAACAUACUCCUGGAGCUAAAGAGGAGGAUGAGGCAGAUGAAGAGGGCUACGUGUCAAAUGUGGGAGGCGCUACCGUCGACAUAGUGUCAACACUGCAAGGAACUGCUGCAGCCGAGCCCAUCUCCUUCAUUCAAGACGAAACCAUUCCAGGCCACUCUGAAACUGAACAGACCAUCUCUGAUGAGGAAGUUCACGAAGAGGCUGAUGACAGGAUACUAAACCUCCAAUACGAAGUGGGUGCAUAUGACAUCUCUGUCCCAGAUCAGACAGGCUCCUUUGACACCAUCCAUGGGAUGAAGGAGAUGCAAGCAUCAGCUAUGGCUGAUGUAACAGCCAAAGGUUUUAUUUGUGGACAGGAGCAAGUAUCGGUAUUCACUAACAUCAUUGCUGCUCCCUUGGCUGAGGAGGAACAUGUUUCCUCAGCCACAUCCAUCACAGAGUAUGAUAAAUUGUCCUCCUUCCCCACCUCUAUUGCAGAGGACCAAUCAGUGGCCUCUGUCGCUACACCUCAGACUGAGGAAACAGGCAAAAGCUCUCUGCUUCUUGACACUGUUAAUAGCGUUCCCCUGGCAAUUCCAACUGAGGCUACACAUGGGAAAGAACAUUUACACUCUGCUGGGACCAUCUCACCAACAUCCUCCUUAGAGGAAGACAAGUACAUGAAGUCAGUUCCAUCCGAAGAGUGCCUGUCGGUUAUCUCUGAUUUGAAGACAGAGGCUAAGGUCAUCAAGGCUCAUGAGGAAGAGGAAGAAGCUCAGGACCAAACUCCGAACGUUGACAUUUCACUUGGGGAGAGCUAUGCCUCCCCUCAAAUGCUCCGGGAUAGAGAUAGGGAUGUGGAACAGCUCCCUGCUUCUGAGGCUCCUGUCUCCAAACUUGUUCAGGAUUUGAAGCAGGAUCACAUACCAGUUGAGGAGGUACAACUCUUUAAGUCCAAAGACGACAUCUUGACAGUGGUGCCUUCAAAACCCCUUUCACCCCCACCCUCUUUCUCAACGCCUUUUAGGUCAGACUCAAUUACUUCGGAAGGUGAAGAGCGAUGCUGCAGUCCAGACGAUAGCACUGUGAAAAUGGCCUCCCCCACACAAUCUUCCCACCCCAGUGCAACCAGCUCUCCAACUCACUCUCCUCUUCAUCAGUCGCCUGUGGAGGAAAAGACCCAGGACUUCCCAGGACUGGAGCAUCAAACACAGGGGGACCUUCAUGAUUCUGCCACCAAAACAGAAGAUAAGGAUGCAAAGAAAGAUAAACCGGAAAAAGAAGAUAAAUUGGAUAAGAAUAAAAAAUUGGAUGCUGACAUCAAGAAAGUUGAGUCGGACCUACUACCAUCGGUGGAGAAAUCAUUUCGAAAAGACUUGCCCAUUACAAAAGCAGAAGAAAAAGAUGGUCUCUCUCCUUCCAAAGGUGAGAUGGAACAGGAACCGGAGACAACUCCUCUUACCUCUGAGUCAGUCACAGGCAAAGACGAAGCUUCCAUAUCAGGAAAGGAAUCUCUGACAGUAGACAUUUCUAGUGGUGAGGCUAUACUCAAACACAGUGACGAGGAAGAUGAUGACCAUCAACAGAAAGAAUCCAAAGUGUACUGUAAGGCUAAAUUCCCAAAGGGGAAGGAGAGUAGUUUCUUAGAUUAUGACAAUGAUGAUAACGAUAAUGUAAAGCCCAUCAAACAGGACAUGAAGGAGAAGGAUACAGAAAAAAAUGACACACAUGAGGCUAAAACUAUCAAGGAAGAGAAAGAGGAGAAAGAAAAACAAGACGUGUUUGAAGCUGAAACCAUCAAGGAAGAAAAGAAAGAAACAUAUAAAAUUGGUACAACUGAAGUUACUACUGAAGCUGAGCCCAUCAAGGAAGAUAAAGAUGAGAAAGUGAAGGAAAAAGAUUACAUUCAUGAAGCUGAACCCAUCAAGGAAGAGAAGAAAGAAGCAGAAAAGGUUGGUACAACUGAAGCUGAACCCAUCAAGGAAGAGAAGAAAGAAACAGAAAAGGUUGGUACAACUGAAGCUGAACCCACCAAGGAAGAGAAGAAAGAAACAGAAAAGGUUGGUACAACUGAAGCUGAACCCACCAAGGAAGAGAAGAAAGAAACAGAAAAGGUUGGUACAACUGAACCUGAACCCAUCAAGGAAGAUAAAGAUGACAUUCAUGAAGCUGAACCCAUCAAGGAAGAGAAGAAAGAAACAGAAAAGUUUGGUACCACUGAAACUGAACUAAUCAAGGAAGAUAAAGAUGAGAAAGUGAAGGAAAAAGAUGACAUUCAUGAAGCUGAACCCAUCAAGGAAGAGAAGAAAGGAACAGAAACGUUUGGUACCACUGAAACUGAACUAAUCAAGGAAGAUACAGAUGAAAAAGAUGACAUUCAUGAAGCUGAACCCAUCAAGGAAGAGAAGAAAGGAACAGAAACGUUUGGUACCACUGAAACUGAACUAAUCAAGGAAGAUACAGAUGAGAAAGUGAAGGAAAAAGACGACAUUCAUGAAGCUGAACCCAUCAAGGAAGAGAAGAAAGGAACAGAAAAGGUUGGUACCACUGAAGCUGAACCAAUCAAGGAAGAUAAAGAUGAGAAAGUGAAGGAAGAAGAUGACAUACAUGAAGCUGAACCCAUCAAGGAAGAUAAAGAUGAGAAAGUGAAGGAAAAAGAUGACAUUCAUGAAGCUGAACCCAUCAAGGAAGAGAAGAAAGGAACAGAAAAGUUUGGUACCACUGAAGCUGAACCAAUCAAGAAAGAUAAAGAUGAGAAAGUGAAGGAAAAAGAUGACAUUCAUGAAGUUGAACCCAUCAAGGAAGAGAAGAAAGGAACAGAAACGUUUGGUACCACUGAAACUGAACUAAUCAAGGAAGAUACAGAUGAGAAAGUGAAGGAAAAAGAUGACAUUCAUGAAGCUGAACCCAUCAAGGAAGAGAAGAAAGGAACAGAAAAGUUUGGUACUACUGAAGCUGAACCAAUCAAGAAAGAUAAAGAUGAAAAAGAUGACAUUCAUAAAGCUGAACCCAUCAAGGAAGAGAAGAAAGAAACAGAAAAGGUUGGUACCACUGAAGCUGAACCAAUCAAGGAAGAUAAAGAUGAGAAAGUGAAGGAAGAAGAUGACAUUCAUGAAGCUGAACCCAUCAAGGAAGAUAAAGAUGAGAAAGUGAAGGAAAAAGAUGACAUUCAUGAAGCUGAACCCAUCAAGGAAGAGAAGAAAGAAACAGAAAAGGUUGGUACAACUGAGGAAGAUGGUACAACCAAGGAAGUUGGUACAACCAAGGAAGAGAAGAAGGAAAUGGACAAAGAGAAAGAUGAUACUUGUGGGGCUGAGCCCAUCAAAGAGGAGGAGAAUGAGAAGGAAAAAUAUGAUACCUUUGAGUCUGAACCUACGAAAGAAGAAAAACAGAAAGAAAUAGGGAGUAUAGUCACUUCUAAAGAUGGGCUAAGCUCUUGUAUCUCUACCUCUAAAGUGGAGCCAGCCUCAGACUCCACCACUACAGAAAAAAUAGAGCAAGAGAAAGAUAACUUUGUGGCUGAACCCAUGAAGGAUGAGAAGGAUGACACUUGUAAGACUGAUGCCAUCAAGGAAGAAAAGAUGGCGAGAGAACAUCCUCUUCAGUCUGAACCAAUGAAAGAAGAGGAAAGAGAAAAAGAGAGAGAUACUUUUGACAGUGAACCGACUCAAGGAGAGCACAGAGAGAAAGAAAAGGAUGAUACAUGUAUGGUGGAAUCCACCACGGGGGGCAAGAAAGAAAAAGACGACAAUACAUGUUUUGAGAUUGAAGUGAGCCAGGAAGAGAGGAUAGAGAAAGAUGAUACUUAUGUGGCUGAAUUCAGUAAAGAACAGAAGAUGGAAAAGGAGCAAGAAAAAGAAGAUAGUGAUUUCGAAGACAUCCAUGAUGAGGAAGAUAGAGAUGACAGUUAUGGAGCUGAACCCAUAAAAGGAGACGAAAGAGCAAAAGAAAGUGAAACAGCUGACACAGUCAACUAUGAAAUGAGCGUGAAAGAGGCAGGAAAAUAUGGUUCUCAUGAGAUUGAACCUGCUAGAGAGGAGAAAUGGGAGAAAGAGAAAAAGGAGGUGCAAGAGAAAUAUCUAAAAGAGGCUUUACAACACAGCGUGCAGACAGCAAUGAUAGAAAAGGUAGAGGUGACUUCUGCGACAAAGCUUGAACCUACAUUUCAGGUUCAGUACUCAGACGGAGAUGAGGAAGAUGAGGAGGAAGAUGAAGAGGAAUCCAUUUGCAUGGGUGGUGCAGGCUCAAGACCUUUAUCAGUGGAACCUAGACAAUCAGAACACGAGAUCAUCUCUCAAGACCUGCUCUCCACUCAGUCAUCAGAGAAUGUGCUUAGUGACCAGACGAAGGACAGCCACUCUGAACAGACCACUGGGCUUGUGUCUACAUUACCAAAAUGUGAGACCUCUCCUGAUAAAGACCUCAAAGAGCAGCAUAAAGAGCGACAACAUAGACUCUCCCCUGAACUAGAAAAGGACAUCAAGACAACUGAGACCACAUCAGCAACCCAUCCCAGUGAAGAGUCCACCAUUGGUUUCCCUACCUUGAAACCAGUCUCUGCUAUGCCUACCACCAAAUUAGAGCCAGCCUCUGACUCCACCACUACAGACAAACAGUCUAUAGGUUCAACACUAUUAAGCACUGACAGCAAGGCCAGUGUGACGGUAUCCACCCAGCAUGAAACACUGCUGCUAUCUAUGACAACAAGCAAAGAAGCAUCUAAUACGGAUGAAAAGACAAAGCAUGUUUCUCCAAAAGAAGAUGAGAAACCAGGCAAAGAAGCUGAGAUGGAAAUUGAAAAAGAGCGGGGAGUUGCUUCCCCAGAGCAUGCACAACCUUGUUCAUAUCUUGUCUUGGAUAAAGAUUCUGAGAAAGUUCCCGAGAAAGUGAGCCACGUCGAUGCCACAAAAGCAGACAGUGCCUCUGAAAAAUUGAAAGGCUUUGACAAAAUAACAACGGAGACUGUCAGUGUGAGCUUGCAAGAGGACCAGGGCCUUGAUGUGUCUAAGUAUGAACCCUAUGAAAAGGCCAUUUCAAAAGAAAAGGAAUCAGACUAUAAAGAAGACCGUGAGGUAUCUAGAGAGUUUGAUCGGUCAACACAAAUUGGCAUUGAUGAUAAUAGGAACGUUAGCCAGGCAGAUGCUGGUGCAGCUGCAUUCUACUCAGAGGACGAGGAAAAAGAGGAACCGCUGUCAUUCAGCAGAGUUGAUUACACCCCUCCACCUUUCCCCAAGAGCGAGAGAAGUCUCCAUUGCAGCUCAAGUGCCUUCACUGAACACGAUGACAAAGAGAAAGGUCAAGAGGAAGUGAGUGAUAGGAAGGAGGGGCAAUCUACACCACACGUGGAAAACAGCUUUAUGUAUAUAGAGACUCAAGACAACAAGACCACCCCAGCAGCAGAGCAAUACUCAUUUGCUUUCAGUCUCAAAGAAGAUAAACCUGAGAAAGUUGAGAAGGAUGAAAUGAAGGACAAGACUGGAGCAUCUCCCAGUGUAGAGGAGUAUAUACCAGUCCAGUCAGGCAGAAAGGAAACAGCCUCUUCCUCAUGGAGUCAAUCCAACACCGAUGCCCAAGCCUCAGCUACAGCCAUGCCCUUUGAAGACGUCCCUGAGAAGCAGACCACAGAGAAAGAGAAGGAAAAAGAUGAGCCAGUGAAAGACUAUAUUGAUUCAUCUGAUAGUGAGAGAGGGGACUCUCCCUGUGGUCGCUACUCACCAACGGAAAAAGACAUGUUACCUCAUCAAGCUUUGCCUAAGGAAAAGGACAAUCAGGCCACUGCUGCCGCCUUGGCCAGAUAUUCAGGACAGCUCCUAGACGAUAAUGUUGUUGCAUCUGAGUGCACUCAAAUUGGAAGCUCUAUCACCAGUAAAUCUACGAUGGGCUAUUCUGAGAGAGAAGACACUCCGGACAGUGUAGAUAAGAGGCUACUGGUGGUGGGAGAGGAUUAUGAUGAUGAGGAAGAUGAUGCCAGUGAUCUAGAUGUGGAGAAGGGAGCGAGAGAGCAGUCUGAAAAAGAAAUAUGUAAAUCUAUAUUGGAUGAUACCCCUACUUCUAAACGUCCUGUGACAAAGGAAGGGGACAAGAAGACCCUCUCACCCGAACCUGAACCCAGCCUCCUCAAAAAGGAGGAGCCUUCCCAUUCAAUGGCCACAAGCAGCCCUUCACCAGCAGAUACUGCAGAUUCCCUUUUGAAGAAUGUAGUUGGGGCCUCGCCACUCCAGUCUGGCAGUUCCACUGCAAUAAAACAAACAGGAUCUGGAGGAUAUCCUUCUGAAUCCUCAGAGUAUUCUGAGGACAGCCAACUGGGGUUAAAGGAGGAGAGGUUUGACAGUCCUGACCCCUCUUUGCCCACCAAGUCCAGUGAAGAUAAACAUUACAGUCAGGGAGACAUUGAAGCUGACAGGCAGAUAACCCCAGAUACCACUAGUAGAAAACCUGAGGAAGAUCCUUCGUGUUACCUCUCAUCUGCCUCAGCUUUUCUAUCAACCAGCCACCAGUUGGGGGAGGAGUUAGAGACCCCCGUCAGAAUGUCUAGUGGCCCCUACAGGACAGAUUCUGAGGGUGCUUCCUUUGAGUAUUCUUUAUUCAAAGAUGAAGACUCCUCAGCCAUGCACUCAACCCUCUCAACCUCAGGGGUCAUGUUAAAGGAUGAGUACCUAGAGCCAUCUGAAAAGCUUGAAACCAAAACCAUAACGUCUGCUGGAGUUUCAGAACCACCAUGUUCCCAGCUGUCCAAACCCACUGAAACCAUAUCCACUUCAAGGGCUUUCUUUGAGGUUUCCCCAUUGCAAAGAGCUGAUUCUUCUGACAGAGAAUCCCAGGGCUCAGCGGUCAGCAAAGAGUCCUACACUUGCAAAAUGGAGGACAGUACUCUUUCAUGCCGCAUUGAAUGCCAGAAAUUUGCAGUGACAGAACAAGAAGAACGCAUGCUGUCCAUGGCUGAGACGUACAUGGUCACUAACUCCAGUACAACCACAACAGUGUCUCAAUCUGAUGGGGUGACAAAACCACGGCAGUCAACUGAAGCCUCUUCCAAUGGGGCUACUGAGGUUAGCACAAGUCCCCAAGAAGUCCCCAGUGGAGCUAGCAAAGCCUCUUGUGUCACAACAGCAGACCUGCCUAAAACAGAACAGAAAAAGGAGGAAAAAGAGACAAAGGAUGAGAAAGACAAGAUGGCAAUGAAAGAGGAAGAAAUGAAGGAGAUCAAGGUAGAGACCAUAAAGGAGGACACCAAAAUGCCAGAGCAGAAGGAUAAGGAGGAGACAAAACAGAUGGACGAGAAGAAAGAGGUGGCUGGAGAGAAGGAAAAGGUAGAGGAGGAGGAGAAAGUAGAGGAAAAUAAGUUGGAGGAGAAAGAGAAAGACGGGAAGGUAGAGGAGAAGAAAGACAAGACUGUUGAGAAGGAGAGUGAGAAAGAGAUGGAGAGGAAGGAGGGAGAGAAAGAGAAGGUAGAGGAUAAAAAAUCAGAGAAACAGGAAGAGAAGAUUGUCGAAAGGAGGAGGAGUAGCUUAUCUGACUGGGAACUCCUACAAGGGCCGGGCGCAUGCCCAAGUGCCCCUCCUCCAGGCUAUGAAGACGAGGAGGAAGAAGCGUAUGAAAUGGAAGAAGCAGAGGAAGAGUAUGUUCAAAAAGAAUGUGUAUCCACAGGCGAGCCCACCCCUCUGUCCACAGCAGAACAUGCCCACCAUACAAAGGCAUCUGCAAAAGCAGAUGGAGAAUCCAGUUGCCCCACUGACUUGCAUAUGGAGGCUACCUCCACCUCCCCCCCUGGCUAUUCCUCGUGUGAAUUCAAACACCGCAAAGGGGAGAUCUCCCCAUCCUUCAUUAACCCCAGUCCACACGCCCUCUCCAGCGAUGAUGGCGAAGAGGACAAAGGGAGUGACCACUCUCCGGAGGGGGAUGAAGGUGACCGGGAGCAACACUCGGUCAAGAGGAGGUCUCACAAGCAGAAGCGACAGCACAUUCAAAGUGGAGCUGCUGGAGCUGGAGCGGGAUCACACCCAGUUUUCAUGCCUCCUGGUGGCAUGGCAACUGGACUUGGGAUAGUGCUAGCUGGAGAGGAGACGCCCCCCACAUCAGCAAGUGACUCGUUGGCGUCCCAGUCGGACUCUGAUGUACCUCCCGAGACCGAGGAGUGCCCGUCGAUAACCGCAGAGGGGAACCUGGACUCUGACGAAGAUGCAGAACACCUGCCGGUGGAUAAACUAUCUGCCUCCGCCACAGGAGGGGGCACUCAACCCCCUUCGCCCAGAUCAGCUGCGAAGGCCCAUGACCCCCCACCUGCCCCCAUGAAGGAUCCGCUCCCCCACCUGCCUCACCCUGAUGUGUGCAUGGUGGACCCAGAGGCCCUCCCUGACAACCAGAGCAGCACAGAGAAAAUGCUCAAGAAGGACCACAAGACCACCAAGAGCCUGCGGAAGGGCCUGGGCAAGCCUAAGUCUGCGUCGCCAGCCCGGAAGGGGAAGCGGUCUACCACCCCUGCGAAGCAGGCCUCCAAGGAUUCCUCGCCUCGAUCGGUCUCUCUGAGGAGGAGGGACACGGAAAGGAGCUCUAGGCUGACGUGGAUGUCCGAGGGCCAGGGAUCCAAGGUGGACCUACACGCUCCAGGGAAAGGCCUUGUGAAUGGCGUCAAGAGCAAUUUGGGUACCAACUCCCAGAAAUCUAGUUCAGCUGCCCCCCCUGGUCCUCCAAUCUAUGUGGACCUGGCCUACGUGCCCAACCACUGCAGUGCUAAGAACGUGGACCAGGAGUUCUUCAAGCGGGUACGUGCUGCGUACUACGUGGUGAGCGGCAACGACCCAGCUGGUGGAGAGCCUAGUCGUGGAGUCCUGGAUUCCCUGCUCGAGGGAAAGGCCGCGUGGGGCUCUAAUCUACAGGUGACUCUGAUCCCUACUCAUGACACGGAGGUGACGCGGGACUGGUACCAACAGACACAUGAAAAACAGCAGGACCUGAACAUUAUGGUCCUGGCCAGCAGCAGCACAGUGGUCAUGCAGGACGAGUCUUUCCCUGCCUGCAAGAUUGAGUUCUAAGUUCUACGCCGCUUGCUAUUUUACCCUCCUCCCCUCAUCACUCCAUAUUUGGCAGGUAGAGAGAGGUCCUUUGCUACUCUCUAUCCUCCCAAAGCCUUCUCUUCUGUCAGCUCUACAUUUAGCUCUCUCAUGGUGUAAGACUCCAUUGCAUUUGCUGUAGUCUUCGGUUGGUGUACUGGCUUCCAACUGGUCAAUGUCACCUGAGAACAGCCACCACUCAGGCAGAAACAUUGAUAUAGGGUCCAUGGUAGCUGUAAAAAGGUGUGCAUUCAUUUCUAGCACGCUUUCGGUUUAAACAACAUACUCGCACGAUAAAACCACCUCUUUCUUUGAUCUUAAUUCAUUUUGCUUUUCACAAAUAACCUCCCCAACACACACAUUUUGUGAUCAUCUGUGAAGAGGGUAAUUCUCAAUAGUUAUUUCAAAGCUUUCCAAUCAUACUGCACCCAAAUCCACAUCUAAAUGGACAACACUUUCCAACCAAAAGAGCCAUCUUAACAAUAUCAACUCCCAGUCAAUGAAGACGGUGCACAGUUGUGCAGUCUUACUGAUCGUCUUCAAUACCCAACAAAAUGAAAUACAAUUUAAAAAUUGCACAUCCAGGAGGGCCAAAGUAAGUGCCAAAACACUUUUGAGGUGUUCAACACUCUCCGAAAUAAGUCCAAAGCCUUUUAAGAGGUGAACAGUUAGUUGAUCUCAAUUGUACACAGACUACGCACAAUGUUGUAUGAUGGUAGUAUUUUUGUAAGUAUCUUAAGUUGAGGCUUUGUUUUUCGAUAUGAGAUAUUAUUCCUGUUUGGAGAUAUUACGUAAGAUGCAGCUUUCUAUUCUAUAGCGUUUGGCUUUCUCAGUACUCUUAAUAACUACGUCAACUGAUGUUCCAACAAAAAAAAAUGACUAUACAACGUUGCUUGUCGUGAAGCUUUAGGAGGUGCCUGAAGGUGCCACUUUUAUUGAAAGAACUAGCCUUUAUGGGUUAUUUCCCUCAGUGGCUGAAGUAUGACGCUUGCAUUUAGCUCAGACUCCUUCCUUGAAGAGGUAGAGGGUCCUUGACCGUGUGUCUAGUCCUUGCAGUCUCCAAGUAUGGAGUACAAACGUGUUCUGAUACCUAAACGUUUGGCUGGGUGUACGCUAAAGUGAACGUUAUACUUUAGGUGCCGGGCAAUGGGAUGGCAUUUCUAUAUUCACCAUAAUUAAUGGUUCUUUCUAAAUAUCUGAAGUCCUUAUCGUCGUCUUUUGUCGGUUGCAUUAGAUGAAGACUCAAUUAAAAACAUACAGUAUAAACAUUCUAUAUUGAUAUAUGGAGAGAUUGUAUUAGAGGUAUGCUAUUUUGUGAUAACACAGCAGAGGAGGAUGUGAAAUGCAGUUCCCGUGUACAUUUUGACGUUUUCUCCCGCUUAUUUAUAUUGUACUUGUCUGUAUGAAACGAUUUGAUGAAGCGAUGGAAACUGCAGUGGCCUUCCUCCGUGGAGAAUGUAGCAAUAGAGUCUAUUCCAUCCUUGUGAGACCGGGUUGUGUGGAGGUUGUGUGGGUGUUAUUUUGCAAAAAAUUACUGCGGUGGUAGGCGGUCGCUCUCAUGUGCCUUCUGGUUGCGGUAUAUUGGGCAAGCAAGAAGGAUUAGAGAGGAGCAUGAUAAGGGCUUCCUCUUUCAUACUAUCCAUUGUGGAGUGGUGAACUUGGAUCCAGGGAUAAGUCAAGAAACAGUGGAGAAAAUGCCACACGGACAAAUCGAUAGUCGUUGUCCAGGGAUAUCUCGUUAGCCUAAUAUCCAUAUGGAUGGAUGCUGUAUACGCACAAGGUUGGUAGGUGAAAAGCUAAUUAGCCAGCUUAGCCAGCACAUUUAGAUUCAGUUACUGAUAUGCUGGUCAGCAUUUGUCCCCUAUCUUAGUGUCACCCAGCAAAUGUAUCAAACAAUAACAUGAUCAAAGAGCAAGGUAUUGCACCAAGCAAGAAUGCACUUUUCCAGAGGGGGGUUUAGGAGUCGGGCUGCGGUUCUAGUGAGAGAAGCACCGAAAAUAUACAAUUAUCAUUCUUUACCAUAAUGUGAACUAUGGUAACGUUUGAUUUUAGGACAAGUACCUAGCAAAAGUACUCCAUACUGUAUGUAAAUAAAUAAAUAAAAAAUACUUGUUCUUCAGAAUUAUUUCUUAAUUGAAGAGGUAAAAAAAUAAAAAAUAACACAACUAUUUAUCUAGUUUAAAAAAAAAACGGACUUUUCAACCCUAAGAAAAUAUUUAUCAGACGAGCAUGAAUGUGAUGUUGUUGAUUGUAGUGGGUAGAGAUGUGGCAAUGUGUACCACAGGUCAAGUAGCAUUAAGUUGUGUGUUGAAGUAUGUGCAUGAGUGGUACACACGGAGACAGGGUUGGGUUUUGAAGAUGCAUCAUAGUGUUUUUUUUUUUUAAAUGCCGAGUUAGCCAGUGCGGUGUGUAUUUUUGUUGGUUAAUCAGGAGGUGGAGCUUCUUAAAAUUGUCGCACUGUUCAUUGGAGCUCAUUAUAAAAUCUGAUUCACAUUCAAUUCCAUAGAGCUUAGUCACUUUUUGAUUAAUGUUAUAUUGUUUUCUUAAAUUUUGAGGAGUUUUUUUGUUGGUAGUUGUAUUUAUCAAAUUAAUUUACAGUUAUGUAUGUAUACAUGAUCAGUAUUAGUAUUAUUAUUAUUUUUUUAAAAUUGUUUUU